ACUGGGGCACAGUAGGAGGAACCCAGAAGAUGCUGCCUCUCCUGAUCAUCUGUCUCCUGCCUGCCAUUGAAGGGAAGAACUGCCUCCGCUGCUGGCCAGAACUGUCUGCCUUGAUAGACUAUGACCUGCAGAUCCUCUGGGGGACCCCAGGGCCACCCACAGAACUUUCUCAAAGCAUUCACUCCCUGUUCCUAGAGGAUAAUAAUUUUCUCAAACCCUGGUACCUUGAUCGUGACCAUUUGGAAGAAGAAACAGCCAAAUUCUUCACUCAAGUACACCAAGCCAUUAAAACGUUACGAGAUGAUAAAACAGUACUUCUGGAAGAGAUCUACAUGCACAAGAUUCUCUUUACUGAGAGGUUGAAUAAGAUAUCUGAUGGGCUGAAGGAGAAGGCCCCCUCCAUCAUCCCCAGGAGCCCCACCCCUCUCCAUGAAUGCCUUCCCAGCUCCAUCUCCUACUUGCACCCCAGACCCCCUUGGCUCUGUCUGCCUCCCCAGCACCUCAGUUUCUCUACCUUCUCACCCUCCCUGGCAGCCUGCAAUGAGUCCUGUGCCAGGAACCGGCGGACCUCCCUGUGGGCUGUGAGUCUCAGCAGUGCUCUACUCCUGGCCAUAGCUGGAGGUGGAUAUAUCUUUUACUGGCAAAGGAAGAAGGAGGCAGUAAAGCAGGAACAGGGCAGCCCACAUGUCUUCCAGAAGUGAACAGAGGCCACAGCUACCACCAUCACAAAGUUCACUCAUCUCUGGGUCCCGGUGACCCCAUCCCCCCAUACCCUCCAUCCUGGGUCCUGGGGCCCCAAAGCUCUGAGGCCUAGGAGACUGCGCUGUCUCAUGGUUUGCCUACUCCUUCACCUUUGUAAAGAGUCUCUUCAUUAAAACCCCUCUUCAUAGCCUA